AUGCAUUUGAGUAGGAAAUGCUUGAAUGAAUUAUCACCACCAUCAUCAUCAUCAUCAUUAACAUUAUCAUCAUCAUCAUCAUCAUCAUUGUGGUCUGAUGAUGCAUGUUUGGCGGUAUUGUCACAUGCACUUUCUGCAAUCGAAUCAUCACUACCAAUUCGUACCCAAGUGAUUCAUCUAAUCAACACGAUGUACAAUUGUACAGGUACAACACGUAUAAUUAUUGUUAAUUAUUGA